UAAAUCUAGUUUAUUAAGAUUUUAACUGACUAGAUUCAGUAAACUCGAACUUGUAGGACAGAUAAGAUAUACUGAUUUACGAUGAAGAGAGCUAGCGUCGUUCUCCUACUAACAUACUGUUGCAGUGCUUUAGCUGUAAACGACUAUGUGUCAACUCAGAGUGAGCUGACCCACAGCCUGCUAGAGAGAUAUGACCGACACAUUAAACCAGAUCAUAAAGUAAAUGUAUCGGUCAACCUUUAUCUCAGAUAUAUCAAGGAGGUUGAUAGCGUCUCAGGAUCAAUGGAGUACCAGUUGACAUUUAGACAGAAAUGGUCGGAUAGCAGACUUAGUUUCAAUGAGAAUCCAGAUGCUGUCAACGUGAACUUCCUUACCCUUAUUUCAGGAGAAGAGAAACAGAUUUGGGUUCCAGAUACGUUCUUCAGGAAUGAACUUGAGGCUAAAAUUCACAAUACAAUGGUGCCUAAUGAAUACAUUAGAGUUUAUCCUAACGGGGAUGUACUUCAAAGUGUCAGGUUAACAUUGAAAACUACCUGUGGUUUCAACAGUCCUAAAACUGAAUUUAUCUGCCCGGUUCAGAUUGCCAGCUAUGGAUGGACUGCUGAGGAUGUUGUGUACACCUGGACUGAUAAACCAAUCAUGGUUGCUAAGGAACUGAGGAUAAAUAAUUUCAACUUGGAUAAUUAUAUUUCUGACUACUGCAACGUUAAGACCAGCACUGGAGAGUACAGCUGUCUCAAUGCUGAAUUUAGAUUCACUCCAGUUGGGUUAAUCAAUCAACUGUAUGCAUUGUUAAAAUAAAAGUCUAAGCAUGAGCAAAUUAAACGCGCAACUAAUAAAUUAGUUGAAUUAUUGUCCAACCUUAACCUUGUAAAAUUUAACAAUAAGCAAAUUUAUUAUAUAUGUCAUGCAUUUUUUGCAAUAAAAUUUUCAUUAAUCUGCAAAAA